AUGGGUCUCAAUCAAUAUUUGUUGCAUCCUUAUUACGAUUGUCAUGAAGACAAAGCCAGAAAAAUAGACACCGAAGCGACCCUCACAUAUAAGUUUCCAGUUUUGGCGACAAUAGAUGAAGGCGCACUAGAAUCGGGAAUGGAGCGCUACAUGAUCGCAAGUUUGAACGAGCCAAAAAUCUCCGGGAAACAUGAUGUGCAAGAUGUGAUCAAUUUGAUCGAAAAUACGUCAUCGAGAUACUUUGGUAGAACCACAUGA